UAUCAGACUAAAUUAGGGAAAUCUGUACAGGCUUUGACCGGAGGACUGAGAGAGCGAGUGCAGAUAGCUACCAAGUUUGGGAUAAGUUGGAAAGAUGGGAAAGUGAAAAUUAGUGGUGACCCAAAAUAUGUGAGGGCUGCCUGUGAAGCAAGCUUGAAGCGGCUUAACAUCGACUGCAUCGAUCUCUAUUAUGCUCAUCGAAUUGAUACCAGUGUGCCUAUUGAAGUCACGAUGGGAGAACUCAAGAAACUGGUUGAAGAGGGGAAAAUAAAAUAUGUUGGUCUCUCAGAGGCCUGUGCUUCAACAAUCAGAAGGGCUCAUGCCGUCCAUCCAUUAACUGCUGUUCAGAUGGAGUGGUCAUUGUGGUCAAGAGAUUUAGAAGAAGAAAUAAUUCCUACUUGCAGGGAACUUGGAAUUGGAAUCGUCCCUUACAGUCCACUGGGACGGGGUUUCUUUUCGCUAGGUGCCAAGAUGGUAGAGAACUUGUCUGAGGGUGACUUUCGUAAGGUUGGUCCAUAUAUUCGCACAUGUUUAUCCUUCUUGCUAUUCAUUUGUGUUGAAUACUUGUUAAUUUCAUGUUCUUAUUUUACAUUCUGCUAGCUUCUUUUUGUAUGU